AGCUGUGAGUGUCGCACUUUUUCUGACGAUUCGGACAACAUGGCGACAGAAAGCGGUAGCGAUUCACAGCUGAGCAAGAGAAGGCGCCGGGCCCCGGAGGAACCAGAAAAAACGGAACUCAGCGAAAGAGAGCUGGCAGUGGCAGUGGCAGUGACCCGAGAAAAUGAAGAGGAAAGUGAAGAACGCUGGGUUGGGCCUUUACCUGUAGAGGCAACAUUGGCCAAGAAGAGGAAAGUUCUAGAGUUUGAAAGAGUCUAUCUUGAUAAUCUUCCCAGUGCUUCCAUGUAUGAACGCAGUUACAUGCACAGAGAUGUUAUCACCCAUGUUGUGUGCACCAAAACAGACUUUAUCAUUACUGCCAGUCAUGAUGGACAUGUUAAAUUCUGGAAAAAAAUAGAAGAGGGAAUUGAAUUUGUUAAACAUUUUCGUAGUCACCUAGGAAUUAUUGAGAGUAUUGCAGUUAGCUCUGAGGGAGCAUUAUUCUGUUCUGUGGGUGAUGAUAAAGCAAUGAAGGUGUUUGAUGUAGUGAACUUUGACAUGAUCAAUAUGCUGAAGCUUGGCUAUUUUCCUGGACAGUGUGAGUGGAUCUAUUGCCCAGGAGAUGCCAUAUCUUCAGUUGCUGCUUCUGAGAAGAGUACAGGAAAAAUUUUCAUUUAUGAUGGUCGAGGAGAUAAUCAGCCGCUACAUAUUUUUGAUAAACUCCAUACAUCACCUCUCACUCAGAUACGGCUAAACCCAGUUUACAAAGCAGUUGUGUCUUCUGACAAAUCUGGAAUGAUUGAAUACUGGACCGGUCCUCCUCAUGAAUAUAAAUUCCCCAAAAAUGUGAACUGGGAAUAUAAAACUGACACAGAUUUAUAUGAAUUUGCCAAGUGCAAGGCUUAUCCAACCAGCAUAUGUUUUUCACCUGAUGGGAAGAAAAUUGCUACUAUUGGUUCUGAUAGAAAAGUUAGAAUUUUCAGAUUUUUAACUGGAAAACUCAUGAGGGUCUUUGAUGAAUCACUAAGUAUGUUUACUGAACUGCAGCAGAUGAGGCAACAACUACCAGACAUGGAAUUUGGCCGACGAAUGGCUGUAGAACGUGAAUUGGAGAAGGUGGAUGCAGUAAGAUUAAUUAAUAUAGUUUUUGAUGAAACUGGACACUUUGUGCUAUAUGGAACAAUGCUGGGCAUUAAAGUUAUAAAUGUUGAAACAAACCGGUGUGUGCGGAUCUUAGGCAAGCAAGAAAAUAUUAGAGUAAUGCAACUGGCUUUGUUCCAGGGAAUAGCCAAAAAACAUCGUGCUGCAACUACUAUAGAAAUGAAAGCUUCUGAAAACCCUGUUCUUCAGAAUAUUCAAGCUGACCCAACAGUAGUCUGUACAUCUUUCAAAAAGAAUAGAUUUUAUAUGUUUACUAAACGAGAACCUGAAGAUACAAAAAGUGCAGAUUCUGACCGAGAUGUUUUUAAUGAGAGGCCUUCUAAAGAAGAAGUCAUGGCAGCUACUCAAGCUGAGGGACCUAAACGAGUGUCAGAUAGUGCUAUUAUCCACACAAGCAUGGGAGACAUUCACAUCAAACUCUUUCCUGUUGAGUGCCCUAAGACAGUGGAAAACUUCUGUGUUCACAGUAGAAAUGGUUAUUAUAAUGGACAUACAUUUCACCGCAUAAUUAAGGGCUUCAUGAUUCAGACAGGAGAUCCAACAGGUACUGGUAUGGGAGGAGAAAGCAUAUGGGGAGGAGAAUUUGAAGAUGAAUUUCAUUCAACAUUACGACAUGACAGACCAUAUACACUCAGCAUGGCCAAUGCUGGAUCAAAUACUAAUGGAUCCCAGUUUUUUAUAACAGUAGUACCAACGCCUUGGCUUGAUAAUAAGCACACAGUAUUUGGACGAGUGACCAAAGGAAUGGAAGUUGUGCAAAGAAUCUCCAAUGUGAAAGUCAAUCCCAAAACAGAUAAGCCAUAUGAAGAUGUCAGCAUCAUAAAUAUUACUGUCAAGUAAAAUGAGAUUUGUCUCAUUGUAUGUGUAAAAAAUACACAUAUAUUAAACACAGGAUUAUUUUACAUAAAGAAGCUCUUAAGAUUUGCUUAACACAUAAAUCAUGUUUCAAGGAUUCAGUAUUUUUAUAUUUUUCAUUAAAGGCUGUAUUAUUUAAAACUCUG